AUGCGAUACCUGCUCUUCGCAUCGCUCCCAACCGCCCAAGCAGCCGCCAACGGCACUAUCACCGGCUACAUCAACAUCAGCAAAUGGGGCGAGACAGGCAUGGCGAUCCGCGCCCGCAGCAGAAAAGAAUGUCUGGUCAACCUCAGCGUCGCCCUCCAGGCGGUCUCUGUGCUGGACAGCGCCGAAUACAACGGCGCCGCGGGGGCGCUGAGCCUGCUGCCCACCGCGGGCGCCCUGCUGGGCUCGCCGACGCGCGAGAUGUGGCUUGUCUUCCAGUUGAUGCCGAUCGCGGGCUUGCUCAGCAUGUUUCUUAGUCUGGGGGGGAAUCUAACCCCGUCCCAUGUGGGCGAUUAUACGGACAUUUUCCAGCAGAGGAGGUUCCCCAGAAACACCGAAGACGGUACCCCUGACGAUACCUCUGAUUCGGUGAGGUUCGCUAGACAGGUAAAGAAGAGAGCGGAGGAUGAUACCGGGGGGGGAUCGUAUGCCAGAGUCUGGAUUGGGAUCUUCCUGCAGGUUUGUUUGAUUGCGACUCUUCUGAUUGCCAUGUAUUAUUGUCAGCGGGGGGCAGUCAUUACCUGGUGGUGUCAUGCAUGGGGAUGGAUGUACUUUUGGUACUUUCUAGUCACCGCAACAUCGAUCAUGGACAACAUCUUCGCCGCUCCAUUCUCCCAAAACUACACGAUGCGCGUGUGUAAAGCGCCGAGUAACCUCCACCUCAGCGAUACAGCAUCUCGAGUGAUUCCCCGCACCAGCAACAGGGAUAGCAAGAGUUAUCCCUCCGCUCUCGACAGACUCGAAGCAGGAAUCAACACCCACAACCGAGUGAUGAUAUCCCCCGAUUCCCCAUCCACCAUGUCGCGAACAUGCUUCUACGCCGUGAUUUCCGUCCAGGGCGUAUCCCGCCUCCGCGCGCUGAUGCAGACAGUCGCCAGGGCUGCAACGGUGACCGUGUAUGCGUUCGGGACUGCACUCUUCGCCUCUGCAACCUUGCUCCCCAUCUCUGUCGCGCUGAUGGUCUUAUCGCUCGUGCUGGGGGUGGGAAUCCUCGGCCGGGUGGUCGCCAUGUGGAUUGCGGCGGAGAUGAACGCGCAGAACGCUCCGAUCUGUCAUGCGGUGGUUGCCUCGCGAGACGCCGCGGCGGAAUAUAUCCAGCGGAUCAUGGAGGAGGAGGGGCUGAUGGUUGAGAUGGAGGGGCAUUUGAUUGUGAAUGGGGUUUGUCUGCUGCGUCGGAAUAGAUGGAUGAGUUGGUCGCGGUAUAUUGGGUUGUUGGCUCGACCGUUUGAUCUUGUUUCUUUUGCGAAGAGUUGA